GUGGAUAGAACUUAAAAUCAGAUUGCAGAGAAAUGUCGGAUCUUCAGCGCAAGAUUUUGAAAAAUAAGCUUCCACCUGCCUCUCCUCGACAUUUGGGUGAAAUGAGAGGUGGUGGUGCAAAAAAAUUUGAGUAGAAAGCGCGAUUACACUCCCUUAUCUUGGGAUUCCUACUUUGAAAAAAGACUGGAUGUUCAUGUUGGUGAAGGAAAUAUUUUUUGUGUAUAUACAGCAGGAAAUUCAGGGCCUCUUCUUUUUCUUCUGCAUGGAGGUGGAUACAGUGGACUUUCUUGGGCACUUUUUUGUAGUGAAAUUGUCAAAAUGGUGGAGUGUCAAGUAGCUGCAAUAGAUAUUCGAGGACAUGGAGAAACCACUACAAAUAAUGAUGAAGAUCUUUCUGCAGAAACUCUUGCAAAAGAUAUAGGAGAUGUUUUACAAGCUAUGUAUGAAGAUGAAGAGCCUCCACCAGUGAUCUUGGUAGGACAUAGCAUGGGAGGAGCAUUAGCAGUACACACUGCCUACAAUGAACACAUUCCCUCAAUUAUAGGCCUAGUAGUGAUUGACGUUGUUGAGGGCACUGCUAUGGAUGCUUUACAAAGCAUGCAGGGUGUUUUAAGAGGUCGACCAACUUUGUUUUCAUCCUUAGAAAAAGCAAUUGAGUGGUGCAUUCGUAGCGGCCAGGUUCGUAAUUUGGAGUCAGCCAGGGUAUCUAUGCCAGGUCAGUUGAAGAGUGUAUCAGCUGGAGCACCAGCCACCAGCAUCCUGAAGGAUGGAGAAAUCCCUGAUCAUUGUUCAAGUCUUCUACAGACACAUGCUAUCCUUGAAGAAAAUGAAGAUGGAGGACAAUUCCAACAGGAUAGCAAUGAGAGUGUUACCACUUCUCACUCACCAGAAAAGGUGUUUAAACCACCCCACCAGACAUAUGCAUCAGCUCGUUACACUUGGAGAAUUGAUUUGUCGAAAACAGAAAAAUAUUGGGCAGGUUGGUUUAAAGGGCUUUCCAGCAUGUUUUUAUCUUGUAGCCCACCAAAGAUGUUGUUACUGGCAGGUAUUGACAGACUUGAUAAGGAUUUAACAAUUGGACAAAUGCAAGGAAAGUUCCAAAUGCAAGUUUUACCACAGUGUGGACAUGCGGUCCAUGAAGAUGUGCCUGAUAAGGUAGCAGAAGCCAUUGCUACGUUUAUGGUACGACACAGAUUUACUAGUCCUUCAUCUGAUUUCAGUUGGACAUUUCCAGCUUGUUGAUAUAGAAGUCAAGGAUUUGUACAGAUCUCAGGAAGGCUGUAAAAUAGUUGGGAACGGGUAAAAUACUUAGUCUCGUCAUAACUGGGAAACAGUAAUAGUGUAGGUGAUAGCUUAAAGAUUGGUAAGCCAAAAUAUUUAAUGAAUUGUCAAUUUAUAUAGAUUUCUUUCAGCUUAUCCCAUGAUUUAUUCACCGUAGAAUUAAUGUCACAAACAUUUUACGUCUUUGUAUUGGGUGGUAAUAAAUGACUUUACUGUGUGUUUGUAAAUAUAA